AUGUGGGCACACAGUGGUGAGGUGCGCACUGCCAGGUUGCAGAGCAAGCGCAGAGUGCCCAAGCACAGACUCAUAGUGCUAGUCAAGGAAACUGGAGAGCUGCCACUGUCUGUCACUGUCAGGCUGCGGGUGCUCUUUCUGGUGGAUGGCUUCACACAGCCCUACAUGCUGCUUCCCGCAUUGCAGAAGGAACAGGGCCACCUCAGUAAGUUGCUUUUCAGUGAUUAA